AUGGCCAGGUAUACAAUUGGGGGCACAACUAGUUUCACCAGUUGGGUCACAACAGCCCCGGGAGGCCUUCAACCCUUGCUAUACUAUUGCGGUGAAUACCAAAGAAACAGCACCGGUAGCCGACGGUUCCACAACACGACCAUAAAGUAUAAAUCCCGGCAUCAAUUCCGUGACGUACAGCGCGUGAACUCAUAUAAAAGUCAAGACACGGCACCCGUAGCCCUGACCGCAGGGCCCGACCCGAGGCUUGUUAUGCUGUUGAAAAAGAGUGCAGAUUCCUGUAAGGCCUUCUUCAGGAGAAAUGCCGACAGAAGUCAGCAAUUCCAGUGCUUCUUAGGCGGGAACUGCAAAAUCAAUCUCUUGUGCCGAAAGUACUGCAAAAUGUGUCGACUCAAGAAGUGCUUCGACAUUGGGAUGAGAAGUGAACUGAUUCUAAGCGAAGAGCAGAAGGAAUCGCGAAGAAUGAAAAUACAGGAGAAGAAGCGCCAGAAGAAGGAAAUCAUCGACGAGUUGACAAAACUGGUCGACUCGACGCUCAACAGCGGCUCACCAGCAGAGGACGGAACCAGCAGUGGUUCCGACGGCGGCCACAGCUCUCCGCCAAUGGAUUUGCUAAACACGUACAGCAAUGACAGCCAAUCAUCGGAGAGCGCCGAUCACAACGUCGUCCAGAAGUACUUCCGGGACAGAGACACGACUGGCAUCGCGUACGACACGUACCGGUCGGCGGCUGAGCUGGAGUUCGCGGUGCUUCCCAUUCAGCGACCGCUCAACGGUUCCGCCACUUUCAACGAACUCGAGGCGCACCGACUGACCGAACUCUUUGAGGCCAUCAAAACGCUGCACAAUCGGCGACCGGUGGGCGCGUCUGUGGCCGCCGAUUACGCCGAAGCCCUGAACGCUCUGCGAGUGAAAUGCGAUUACGAGAUCCGGAGGAUUGUGAAAAUGUCGAAACAAUUGUCCGCUUUCUGCAAACUGUGCGAAGAGGACAAAAUACAUUUGCUUAAGUACUCAGCCAUCGAGAUAUUCUCGCUCCGGAUGGUCACCGACUUUGAUCCCGAGUCCUACAACUGGAACGCUAUCACUAAUAACGAGAUCUCAACACUUGUUUAUUUAGAGCUAUUAAAAGAGGGUAAACGUAAUUAUUAUAAAAAUUAUAAGGACUUUCUCGAUAAACUAUUACCCGAAUGGAACUCCGACACCAUUAUUAUUGACUUGUUGACGGCUAUAAUACUAUUUGAUUCGAGUCGACCCAAACUCAUCCAUAGAGAGUCUGUUAAACUUCAACAACAGAUUUACAUGUAUUUACUUCAGCGAUACCUUCGGCUCCGAUACCAAUCAGACUGUGUGUCGGAAACAAAGUUUUUGCGGCUUUUGAAUAGUUUACACGAUUUACAUAUAGUUAACGAUAAGAUCGCACAGAAUUGGAUAGAAGGCGAUCCGCAACGGACAUUCAAAUGUCAAUUCGGAGACAAUUGCAAAAUCGAUGUCUUGAGGCGACGAUUCUGUAAGAAAUGUCGGCUCAAGAAGUGCUUCGAAGUCGGGAUGAAAAAAGAAUGGAUACUAAACGAAGACGAGAGGAAAGUGCGGAAAAUCAAAAUUGAAGAAAACAGGAAAAAACGCAAAAACUCUGAGUUCGCGGCGUCUGUCGUCAGCGACUCGUCCCAGAGCUCAGACACCAACAGUUCCGCCGCCACCGCCGCGACGGCCACCACCUCUUCGGCCACCGCUUUGGACAUAUUGAAGACGAUUCCGGCGGACGACGAGAGGCUCAACAAAGAGAUCUCCGAAAUUGAGGACUACAUCCGCAACCGAGAGAUACUGGAAGUGUCCGACAGUGUCUUCUAUAAAGCCGUGGAGUUUGAGUUCUCGCUCAUCAAUUCAAUUGUCCGGCCGUUUGAGUUGAACAACAAAUUCACGGACAUCGAGGCCAACCGUAUGGCCGAACUCGUGAACGCCACCAAACGUAUGUCGGCGCCACUGCCGCCGGAGUACGUGUCCGACUAUCAACGGUCGGUCAUCGACGGCUUCAAACACAACCGGACGCCCACUUCGGUGGCCGACGUCACAAAACUGGCGGCCAUUCAGUUGGAGAAUACGGCCAUUCGUACCGUCCAUAUGACCAAAGAGUUGAGCGCUUUCGGCAUACUCUGCGAGAGCGACAAACUGGCGCUUAUAAAACACGGAUCCGUUGACAUCUGUGCCAUUAGGUCCGUCCUAUUCUUCAACUUCCAGUACGAGUACUGGACUUUUGUUUUGGACCACGAGAAUUCAGUGAUACUAAAUCUGGAUCUAUUGAGACAAUACAAUAUGAAUACGUUUACGAAUCACAAGAACUUCUUCGUCAAGAUUGAGUCCAUUUGGGAUUCCGAUCCCGUUAUCAUUGAUUUGUUGACUGCAAUAUUGCUAUUCAAUCCCGAAAGGCCUAAACUCGUUCACAAAGAGCUCGUUAAACUCCAACAACACAUUUACAUGUAUUUACUUCAACGCUAUCUGAUAUCGAAAUACCGGUCCGAAUGUGAGGCCAAAUCGCGAUUCUUAAAGCUAUUGAAUUGUUUGCAAGAAUUGCCGGUUUUGAAUGAUAAAGUGGUCCACAAUUGGUUGUCUGCCGAACACCCGGACGUCGGCCAACCCCUCAUGAAUACUGUGUGCCAACCAAACAAUCUCUUCCUAUAAUAAUAAUAAAAUAAAUGUUAAUUU